AUAUUUUCAGUGUCCAAAAGGGGAGAGUUGUUCAUCUGUGACAUCAUAGAUCUUGGUCGCAUUGCCAAUGGGAGGAUCUCCAUAGCAUUAGUGAUCUCGACAUUCAAAUGCUCAUAACUCUUCUAUUGCUAGUCCUAUUUUACUCAAACUUUUGUUGAUCUUAUUCUUUGAUUUUUCUGCUUUCACAAAAGCUAACUUGCUCCAAGAGUUUCAUUCUCCUUUAAUGUCUUGGUUAGAGUACAGUUAAUGUAUAUAAUAGGCCUAUUUUUUUUUUUAUUGAUGAGGACUAAUGUAGCAUUGUAAUUAUGUAGCUUGACACAACAAAAACUGAGUGUUGAUUGGUGUACAAUCUACAGGUAGCUAAAGGCUUUCACCUGUCAUUUUUGCUCCAAAGUUAGAUAUUUGGUGCUACAGUAGUUCAACACGUUGUAAUUUAUACACUCUUGGUGUCAUUUUCAAUUCUUAGGGUGUAAUUUUGACAUCGUAGGGUGUGGUGCUCUAGGGAUAUCAACUGGUGUCAUUUUUUACACCCAAGUUUAUAGAGUGUAGAACGAACCCAACACCCAGUUAAAAUAAUAUUUCAACAUGUUUCUGGCAGUAUCAGGGUUAAGAAGCGUGAAACGAUGAAAAUCUUAUCUCUUCGAACUGUUCUCAAACUUCGAAUGACAACUUUAUCUGAGUACAAGACUUAAUUUUCUUCAAUUUUCAGGCAAUUAUCUUUCUCGCGAAAACGCUUAUCAUAUUGCAGUAAAGUUUGCGCUGGUGGACUUAAAGUUUGGUGUAAUGAAAUAUCUUUAUCGAUUGAUUUUUGAAGCUAGCCAAUUUCCGGUAAUGUGUAUCAAAUAUUCAAGUAGGAUUACAGGUCAAACCAACUUGCCCAGUGCAUAGUAUAUGUAUUGGGGUAGGGCUUGGUGAUAAACCCUUGAUAUAUAGUCUUAAAAUGUAUUUCUCUUUUAUCAUUCAUCAUGGUUUAAUCAUUCCUUGUUGCCAGUUUCUUGUUGUUGAGCAAUUGUCCAAAGUAAAUUUUCAAGAAAGUUGAAAUUAUUUCUCCUGGACAAAACUGGAGACAGAUCUAUAAAAGUGAAUGUUUUGCUCUAGAUAUUAAAAAAUGAAUAUGCAUGUACAUGUACAGGUUCAUGUAAAAUUAUGUACAAGUUAUGUACAUAAAAUGCCAAAGCCAUUCUUAGCACAUUGUUUAUUCCUCUAGAAACCUUCAGCCUUUUCACACAUGAAUCUUCUUGAAUAAUCAUUGUAUUGAUAAUUGCGAUUCGUCUUGAAAAUCAUGGGACCUUUCACACGCUCACUUGAAAACUGUGAUUUGAAAUCAAAUUCCUGGGCAAAGACGGUAUACAUGUGUCCUUGGUGACUUGUCAAUCAAAGCACUGCAUCGAUAUGAUGAGUGCAUGACAACUAUCUACGGAAGUGCUUGAAAGGACACGUACAUGUAAGCUCCGCCCCCAAAAUAUGUUUUGUAGGUCAAGCCUUUCACACGUAAAAUUCGCACCGUAAUUUGAGUGAAACCUAACUGGAAUUCAUCUCCGGAGUAGAUUUGAAUUUGUGAUUGUGAUUAGCGUUUGGUGAUUCUAGUUUGGUUUCACACGUGCUAUUGUCAUUAGCGCUAUUUUUCACGGGAAUCAUUCAAAUUACAACUUUUUUACCAUGUGAAAGGGUGGUAUUAAUUGCAUGCACUGACAUAAUUCAGGGCCCCACAGUGCAGAUUUUGGUAAACCUCCACAAAUUCUUCUGGUUUUGGUUGUCUGACACCCCUAUCAAUUUCUUUUUCUAUAUUUUUUUCAAUCUUGUAUGCAGGCAAAAGAGUUGGAACUGGAUAGAACACAGAAAUGGUUGAAAAUGGCCAAGAAUUGGAAGAGGUAUUACUCCAGUGAAAAGUUGACGAGAAGAAUAUACAAAGGCAUCCCGGACAAGAUGCGAGGAACAGUAUGGGCCAUGCUCCUGGAUCUAAAUAAGAUAAAAGAUGAGCAGCCUAAUGUUUAUGAGAGAAUGAAGGCGAAAGCAAGGAUAUACUCACCGGACAUCAGGCAGAUUGAUCUGGACGUUAAUCGGACCUUUCGGAAUCACAUCAUGUUCAGGGAUAGAUACGGCAUCAAACAACAAGCUCUGUUCCACAUCCUCGCUGCUUACUCUAUGUACAAUACGGAGGUUGGAUAUUGCCAGGGGAUGAGCCAAAUAGCAGCCCUCCUUCUCAUGUACCUUAACGAAGAAGAAGCAUUCUGGGCUCUUCAUAUCUUACUGACAGACACCAAGCAUGCCAUGCAUGGUUUCUUCAUUCCUGGGUUUCCUAAGCUGAUCAGGUAUCAAGAUCACCAUGAAAACAUCCUCAAGAAACUCCUACCGAAGGUCCGCAAGAAUCUGGUAGGUACAUGUACAAUGUACUCUCGGUCUGACCAACUGAGUCUGACUUUUGUUAUACUACAUGUAGGUACUUGGGAGACUCCUUGUCUUUCCAGGUCUUAUGUUUCAUUCUUGAGUCUCCUUUUAAAGCUGAUCAGGUAUCUAAACCAACUGGAAAACAUCCUCAAGAAACUCCUACCCAAGGUCAGAAAGAAUCUGGUAGUAGGAAUUUUCGGUCACACCUUUGGAGGACUAGGUUCUUGGUAGAUAUAAAUUGUUGAAGAGUGCAAUGAAACAGCCCCCAGGUAUCAUAUCUGCAUAAUGUGCAGUUUUGGAUAAAAGUAACCAUUUAUUGUCUAUGAUUAUAUAAGUGAUUUUAUCCUGUGUUGACAAAAAUUUCUUGUAGAUAGUAUCUACUUUGCAACUGCAUAAGAGGGCUGAGUGGUAGACUAAAAAAGAUAAAUUUUUAUUACGUACUUUAGCUGUUCUGAGCCUUUGUGUCUGUUUAUGAACCAUCUUGACUUUAAAGGGAGAGUAAUUGUUGUUGUUGUUUUAGCUUAUACGGCGCGUAUCAUUCAAUAGUGAAUAUUUGCGCCAAAUAAGUUUGCACUUGUGCUAGUCAUCAAGACCAAUGUAUUGAUGAAACUCUCAAAUUAGGGUCUGUGCAUGUGAACUAUUCCCACAGAUAUAAGAAAUUGCAAUGAAUGCUAUAUGAAAUAAACUUAAGGGAAUCAAUCAAUAAUUUCAAAGGAACAUUAAAACAAAACCUGCAUGUGAGAGGAUUUGACUUGGCUACCUAAAAUACAUUCUGGGCUUCUGUAUCAAGUUUCAACCAAUGUAGAUAAUAAGCCCCGGACAGCUAAUUUUAGUUUAUAAUCCAAAAAUAGAUCACUUUAAACUUCAUGUGUUAAAUUUGUAUUUGGUGAGAAGCAAAAGAUUGGUGUCAGUUUACGAGUUCCUUUAAGCCAAGGGAAGACCUUAGUAUUAUAAUAGGAAUCUGAUACUAUGAAAUACAUGUACUUAAUUAUCUUUGACUACAUGAUAGAGGGUAUUAAAGGUAUAGUGUAUGAUUGGUUAAUCUUAGACAAGGUCAGUGAAUCAAUUGUAAAGAUAUUAUUUUCAUUAAAUAUCUAUAUCAAUGCUCUACUUUAUCACUCAAAAGAAAUUGGUAUAACUCUUCUGUUUUCAUGAUAUUGAGGGGUGAAAUAUAUAUUAUAAUAUGUAGGUUAACCUAUAUAUUUUGUUUCCGCCCUCUCGAGUUAACAAAUAAAUUGAUAUUAGAACACCGUUCGAAUCAUGCAUAUUCAUUACAACCUCAUGCAUAUCGAUGAAAUACGUCAUGGCGCAUGCGCGGUAUCAAGAAAUCCCCGUAUCAACAAAGUGCAGCGCUGUGUGCAGAAGUAGCUGAGUCGAGUAGAAGCAAACACCGAACGUUGCGUGCAAGCUCAAUGAGCCGAUGCUAGCCGGCUAGCGAUUGGUCCACGUCCUGGACGAUUUUUAUUGAUUGGGCAAACCAGGGGCAAACCUUAUCGGACUGUACAGGUACCCCCGCGCGCACACAUAACCAACACACACACGCCCUCCACUGAUUCACUUACCCCCAGUGAUUCACCUAACCCACUGAUUCACUUUCCCCGAAAAAAAAUGUUGUUUCGUGUGACUAUUCAGGGGGUGUGUGUAUGCGUGUUAUGGGGAUGUAGUGUGUUGUGUUUGGUAGUCGUAUCCAAAGGUCGUAUCGUACAAAAUACCAACAGUCCAGGAGGUGGACUAGCUAUAGCGAUAUGCUUGCGCUCUGCAUGCACGUUUACUUUAGACAUACUCCACUAUUAGCGAUAGCACACACAGGACAAUUACAAGCCAUAUUAUAUGGAGCUAUAGCUCCAUGAUUGUAUCGUACGUGAAUAAGGAUUCAGACACGUGGAUUAUCGGACGUGAAUGACGAAGCAAAGGAUUGUAAUACUGCUUACUUUCGGAAUCUUAUGUCAUGAAUCUGAAAGUACUCCAAGACUAAAAGAGAUACGAGAAUCCCAGAGAAGGGCAAGGGCUGAGUUUGAUUAGACGGCCACCUCGCUCUUUGCGCUCGCAUCAAUAUUGUUAGGUAGAUGACAAUCAGAGAUAUCUAUGAUGACAAUCCUGUUCAUGAUUACCAAAAGUGCUUAGAAUGUCAGAAUUUUAGUUCAGAAUAUCAAUCACUUUUUAAGCCCAAGUGAUUGAUAUUCUGACCUAAAAUUUUGACAUUCUAAGCACAUUUGGUAAUCAUGAACAGGAUUGUCAUCUAAUUUUAACUAAACAAUAUUGAAGCGAGCGAGAUGAAAAAUUUUCAUAUGUAUAUAUAUGUAUAUAGACGGCCACCCCCAUUCUGUCUAGGGCCGAGUAUGAAGAAAGGGAAGGGCGAAGAGAAAAACGAUUAUUUUCAGGGCGGGAUGCAAAAUAGUAAAACAUAAAAGGAAUAUAAAAGUUGAUGGGACCAUGGAGGACACACAGUAUUGACAUGAAAGUAGGAUUAUUCUUCGUUGUUUAGACUGAACUUGCGAGGUCAAAAGGUGAGCUGAGAAACCUGUUGAUGCGAAGUAUGUAGCGUAGUCUACAUCGUGUAGACCGUGACAGUGUGUGUAUGCGACCAUGCAUCAAGUUGCAAAUUUAGAAUAAAGUGUUAUUUGGUCAAUAUUCACAAGCAGAGCAGAGGCAUCAUGAGCAAAAGCAAAAAAAAUUAAGGGGGGGGGUAGACGUAAGGGUUAAGAUUUCUCGGAAAACUCUUAUUCUUGCAGCCACACAAGAAAGCUUGUAGCUAGAUAUGGAGUAAUGAGAAGUUGAGUAUAUUCAAUAUUGCGCGGCGCUGUGGUCUAUGGUAGAACCGCUCUAGGUAUGCAGAGGGGUGAAUUUCGGAGCCGACCCCGGGGGCCGACCGGCAUGUUUUACAACAGAACUUUACAAGUCAUGCCGUGUGAAACGGGGCAACGAAGUACGUGAAAGAAGACUAAGUAGACUUGGAGAAGCAACGUCCGAGGGGAUAGUAAUUUACGUCUGCUUUGAAACGUGUAUCAAUAAGGAUUUCCAGAGAAUGGGUCGCAGAGUAUUUCUCCAGUAUGGGGAGGGUGGGGGUAUAGCCUAUAUGCCUAAUCAAAUCCAUCAGUGGAUGGAUGGAUGGAUGGAUGGAUGACUGAAAGAAUGAAUAGAUGGAUGAAUAGGCAUAUAUAUGAAUGGAUCAUCCGAUGAAUGUAUAACUCCAAGAAUGGAUGGACAAAGACAAAUGGAUACCAAUGACGAAUAAUAGAUAGGGGCGCCCCAUGGGAGCUGUUGUUGAAUGGGCUACCCCUUAUUAAAUAAACAAUAAACAAAUAAAAAUAGAUGGAAAGAUGAACUUUUAUUGCAACAAAUGAGAGGAAGAUAGGCCUCCGGGAUAUAGGCCUACGCAUACAGUGUGUGCACGAGCAGUUCAACUGUUGAAAAAAAUGUGAAUGACUGGUGCGUGGCGACGUGAGCAGGACACAAAGACAUCACUCACAUCUUGAUUGGCAUAACGUAGACUUAUUUAGCAAUGAAAGUGGAACCGGGAAUUGGGACUCCCAUUUUCCUGCUAUAAAUAUAGGAAAAACGAAUGAUAACUGUCGUUUUAUAUAGCCGAGGAAAUGUAUUCUUCAUUGGGAUUGGGACCAAGGAGAUCUCGGCGUGUCAACAUUUCACAACUCAUGGGGAAAAUAAUAUAAUAAUCAUUUUUGAUGAUUGAAAAAAAAAUGUGCUCAGUUCACACUGUCACGAUUUUUUUUGGGUGGGGUUACCUGCUG